UUAGAAAAGGGUAAAGUUUUCCAUAAAAAAGGGGCUUUCAAGCCAAACCGGACCUCACUUCAUGAUAAUGGGAUACAAACCGUCCUACCCAAUAAAGACAUGGGCAAUUUUAGACUUGCACCCCAUCAUACAAAUGAAUGACUAAAAUAGUCUGUGCAACACUUGAUAUAAACCCAUCUCAGUUCGAACUCAGCAAAGUUGGAAGAAAUAAUGGAAGGAGCAGCUUACUUCUACUCUUCCUCCGUCUGGUUUACUGCGGGAGAUCCCUUGCCCCGAACAAAGCACCAAAUCCCAAUCCAGUCCUCAAUCGAAGAAGGAGCAAUCCCCAUCCACGUCCACCUCAACAUAGCGUCGAUCCACGCCGCCGCAUCCAAGAUCCAAGCGUCGUACCGCGGCCACGUGGCUCGAUCCCAGCUGAAGACGAUCGUGGCCGUGAAUUCAGAGGCCGACAAGUGUACGGCUCUGAUGCAGCGCCAGGAGACCGUGGACAGGGUCCGAGUCGAUGAGAGAGAGAGGGUUCGGUUCAACGAGCGGUUGAUGGCGCUUCUCCUUCGCCUCGACGAAGUGCACACGCAUUUUCCGGAGAUCAGGGAGCUGAGGAGAAGGGUGAGCCGUCGGAUCGUGGGGUUGCUGGAGAUCCUGGACGCGGUUUCCGGAGAGGAGAUUGAGUUUUCCGGCCACUUUCCGGCGAGUUGGUCGGAAUUUGUAAAGGAGUUUGAAGAGAAAGCAGAAGAGGGGUUUGGAGAGAGCUGCGAAGGUUAGGGUUUCUGGGUAUGAGAGGGGCUUUAGAGAUUUGUGAAGGCCAAAUGAGGGAGAAAUUGAGGAAAAUAUUGGGUUGAAGUAGUGAGAGAGUAAUCUGUGGAUAAAAAGAGAGGCUCUUUUAUCUCUCUCUCCUUUUAUUUUUGUCGCUUUAUAUUCAGUGGUUGGGGUGUUUAUAGAGUGUAGAUUACAGAGAAAUAGAAUUUCAGACUUAGGGAUAAAUGGAUAUAAAUAUUUAUUAAAUGGAAUGAUGAUUUUAUGUUUUUUUUCAUGGUGUGGGUUUUGUUGUACUUGUCGAGCAAUGUAUUAGGCAUCAAAGAAAUUACAAAAUUAAAUUGAAGUACAGAAAUUGGCAAAUAAAUAUUAUUGAAGCA